CAUGGGAGUGGUUUGGCUGCCGCUUUUAAACUAGAGCAGAUCUCCUCCUAAGAGCCAGUCAGCCACUAGCAGUACUCCGGGAUAGGACCAGCUUUGAAAAUCACCAUGCUUUUUAUGCUAGCUAUCAUAUCCUUGCUAAGUGAUCAAGUUUUCUUAACCCCUGUGCAAAACAAUGCCUUGUUUCAAUACAUUAAUGAUCACCAGAGUGAAUAUAUUCAGAGACUGAAGAACUGGGUGGCAAUAGAAAGUGACUCCAGUGAUCCUUCAAAGAGAGACCAAGUUCAACUCAUGAUGGAAAUGACAAAGGACUACAUUUUGAAGAUGGGUGGACACGUGGAGAUGGCAGAAAUUGGUGAACAAGAGUAUUCCCCAGGUAUAAAACUCCCACUACCACCAGUUAUUCUUGCACAAAUUGGAAAUGAUACAAACAAGCCUACUGUGUGUUUCUAUGGACAUAUGGAUGUACAACCUGCAAAGAAAGAGGAUGGCUGGAAAACAGAACCAUAUACUCUUGUCGAGGAGAAUGGAAACCUGUUUGGCAGAGGCACUUCUGAUGACAAAGGACAAAUUCUUGCUUUGCUGCAUGGAGUGGAAUCCCUUAAGAAAAUUGGUCUACCAGUAAAUGUGAAGUUCGUGAUUGAGGGAAUGGAGGAAGUAGGGUCACAAGGUCUUGAAAAACUUGUUGAGGACAAAAAAAACACCUUUUUCUCUGAUGUUGACUACAUUGUAGUGACAGAUACUCCCUGGCUAAGUAAAAAACCAGGUAUCACUUAUGGCGCAAGAGGAAACUGCUACUUUUAUCUGGAGGUUGAGGGUGCAAGGCGUGACCUACACUCUGGAGGCUUUGGAGGAACAGUUUAUGAGGCCAUGAGUGACUUAAUUUAUUUACUAGGUCAACUUGCGGAUGUCAAAGGUAAAAUUCUGAUUCCGGGUAUUUAUGAUGAUGUCUUACCUCUCACGGAACAAGAAAAAGAAUUAUACAAAAAUCUUGAAUUCAACCUUGAUGAUCUGAAAGCUGAUACAGGAGCGAAACAAUUUCUUCAUGACACAAAGGAGGAAAUACUCAUGUACAGAUGGCGAUAUCCUUCUUUAUCAAUCCAUGGCAUUGAAGGAGCUUUCUCUGGAUCAGGAACAAAAACUGUAAUUCCUGCAAAAGUUAUAGCCAAAUUCUCAAUUCGUCAAGUUCCCAAUAUGAAUCCAUCUGUCGUAGAAAAACAGGUAACAGAUUACUUGGAAAGCAAAUUCUCUGAACGCAAGAGCCCAAAUAAAAUUAAAGUAACCAUGGUUAUUGGAGCACAGCCCUGGUUAGCCAAUAUGAACGACCCUCUAUAUGUGGCUGCCCAGAAAGCAGUAAAAAAAGUGUUCAACACUGACGCAGACAUGAUCCGUGCUGGAGGAACAAUUCCAAUAGCCAAAAGUUUUGAGGAAAUUUUAGGAAAGACUGUCAUGUUACUUGGAAUUGGAGGGCCAGAAGAUGCUCCCCAUGGACAGAACGAGAAGAUAAGCAAGCACAACUACAUUGAAGGAACAAAGUUAUAUGGAUCUUUUCUUCAAGAAAUUGCAAACGCCUGGCCUUAACAUUUUCCGAAAUGUACCGAUAUGCUUUUCAAAGUUAAAAAUCAUCUAUACAGCAUCAGUGUCAUUUUAGCUAUGAUAAAGGCAUUUUAAAUCUAAUAUUAAGUAGGCUUAUCUACACAUUUCUACUUACCAGUUAAUAUCUCAAAUUAUUUAAAGGGAUCAAGUGAAUAUGUAACAUAAGAUGAAAAUUUCAUACUCUGCUUCAUUUUGCAUGAUUAGCCUCAGCUUUUGCAAAUGUCAGUAUUAAGUCAUGUACGCAUUCAAGGAAACCUUAUUAAUGGCAAUGUACCUGGAUGGCUUUAUAUGUCAUCUCGAAACUUACAUCAAGCACUCAUUAUUGUACUUGUAUUGAAAGCAUUGGCUUGCAGUUGUUUGCGGUAUACAUUAUGUGUUUCAUAGGUUAUAAGUAUAAAAUUAUUGUAAAUAUGGAUCUUGCUUUACUAAACAGUUACCUGAUAUUAGUAUGGCACCAUGUGUACAAAUAAAUACAUUUUGCAAAUAAA